UUGCACCAAAUCUCAAAACAAAUGUGAACACCAAAGACCGGCCGUUGACUGAACAUCACGAAAAGUCGUCGUAAUUAACGGCAAGCUAACACUAGAAAUCUACGACUACAUGUACUCCUAUAGAGUAGUACACGCCUGAAGCCUUCCAACUAUAUAUAAAAACCACUUCCUCACUCUCACUCACUCACUCACCAGCAUCUCAAACAUGGCUACUGCAGCAGCCACUGUCACCACCUUCCUCCUCCUUGUCGUCUCCGUGGCCGGCGCCAUGGCAGCAACCAAAGCACCAUCGUCGUUCCGGACGGUGUACGCGUUCGGCGACUCGUUCACGGACACGGGCAACACGCGCUCCACGACGGGGCCAUACUCCUUCGGCUACGUCUCCAGCUUGCCCUACGGCGCCACCUUCUUCCACCGCCCCACCAACCGCUACUCCGACGGCCGCCUCGUCGUCGACUUCCUCGCCGACCACCUCCGCCUCCCCUCCUUCCUCCCCCCCUACCUCCCAAAUUCCUCCCCCAAUUCCAAUUCCUCCGAUAAAUCCAGCAGCAGCAACAAGUCCGGGGCCGUGGGCGUCAACUUCGCGGUGGCGGGGGCGACGGCGAUCGAGCACGACUUCUUCGUGCGGAACAACCUCACCGUCGACAUCACGCCGCAGUCCAUCAUGACGGAGCUCGCCUGGCUCGACAAGCACCUGGCCGCGGCGGAGAAGAAGAAGAAGGCCGGGAAAGGCGCUGGGAAGAAGAAGGAUCUGGAGGAGGAGGAGGGGAUUGGGGAGGCGCUGUUCUGGGUCGGGGAGAUUGGGGCCAACGACUACGCGUACAGCUUCAUGGCGGCGGACACCGUGUCGCCCAAGAACAUCCAGGCCAUGGCCGUCGCCAGGGUCGCCUCCUUCGUCGAGGAGCUGCUGAAGAGAGGCGCCAAGUACAUAGUGGUGCAAGGGCUGCCGCUCACCGGCUGCCUGCCGCUGGCAAUGACGCUGGCCAGGCAGGAGGACCGUGACAACAUCAGCUGCGUGGCCUCGGUGAACCAGCAGAGCUACGACCACAACCGGCUCCUCCAGGCAGACCUGAACCGGCUCCGGCAGAAGCACCCCGGCGCCUCCAUCGCCUACGCCGAUUACUACGCCGCGCACCUCGCCGUCAUGCGCAGCCCGGCGAGGCACGGCUUCACGGAGCCCUUCAAGACCUGCUGCGGCACGGGCGGCGGCGCCUACAACUUCGAGAUCUUCUCCACCUGCGGCUCGCCGGAGGUCGCCACGGCCUGCGCCCAGCCUGCCAAGUAUGUCAACUGGGACGGCGUCCACAUGACUGAGGCCAUGUACAAAGUCGUCGCCGGCAUGUUCUUCGAGGACAACUCCGGUAAGUACUGCCGCCCGGCCUUCAGCUCCCUGCUGACCAAGAAAGGCCAUGGCAAGUAAGCUGCCAGCAUCAACAUCUUCAUCAUCAUCAUCAGCAGCAGCAGCAGCAGAUUGGUAAAUUGUAAUGGUAGAGUUGUGACCUUGUUCUGAAUCCAGAGUCAGCAGUUUGGUAAUGGUAGAACUGUAACCUUGUUCUGAAUCCAGUGUGAUUUGUCAGACAGAUGUAUGGCAGUGUGUGGCAGGGUCAAAUAAAGAUCAACCUAGAGUUUCAGGCUAAA